UUUUUCUUUUAAUUUUUAAGUUUUUUAGGCAAUCUCGCAAAGCUUUUGAUUUUUUUUAAGUGUUUAUUCUUUUGCUUUUGAGGGGAUGAGGUGAUUCUAAGUUUUUUUUUUUCUUUUUGACAAUCUGAGGUGUUGAGGGGACUCCAAGUGUUCAUUCGAAGUGUACUCCUCGAGCCCAUCUAUAUUAUCCGAACGAAGCCCACAGUGCCACGCUAUAUAAGCCGAGUGCCCCCAUAGGGUUUUCCAGCGGCGGAACAAACCCGAACGCAUCCUGUGGAUCACACCUUCUCGUCUCCCACCUCUCCGCCGGCGGCCAACUCCAACCAUGGCGGACUCGAAGGCCAGCGCGGCGGUCACCCUCCGCACCCGCAAGUUCAUGACCAACCGCCUCCUCUCCCGGAAGCAAUUCGUGCUUGAGGUGAUCCACCCCGGCAAGGCCAACGUCCCCAAGGCGGAGCUCAAGGAUAAGCUGGCCAAGAUGUACGACGUGAAGGACGCCAACUGCAUCUUCGUGUUCAAGUUCCGCACGCAUUUCGGAGGCGGCAAGUCCACCGGAUUCGGUCUCAUCUACGACAACCUCGACGCAGCCAAGAAGUUCGAGCCCAAGUACCGCCUGAUCAGGAAUGGUCUUGCUACUAAGGUUGAAAAGUCUCGCAAGCAAAUUAAGGAGCGUAAGAACAGAUCUAAGAAGAUCCGUGGUGUCAAGAAGACCAAGGCCGAUGCCGGGAAGAAGAAGAAGUAAACAUCCAUUCACAUUUGGUUUACACUCUCGGCGGUUUAGUGGCGGCGACAUCAUUAUGUCCUUAUUAGUUUUUUUCUCCUCCAUGCUGAAGUGAGGUUUUUCUCAUUCCUGGAUGUGAACCUAGCUGGUUGGAAUAACGCCUUGUGACAUUUACAUCCAUGCUUAGAGCUAAAGUGUUAAUGGAAGCUUUGACAAAGCAGGUUUCUCGUCCAAA